AUGAGCAGCAGUUCAAAUGAAGAAUGCCCAUCUUGCCUCAACAAUGGCAAAUUUCAUCAACCAAGAAAUUUGCCUCUACUUGAGCAGGACCUUAACUUCCUUCCUUGUUCAGCUGCUGCAUCUGAAGGAUCUGAGAAUCAAAUGAAAGAAUCCUAUGAACCAGGUGGGGAAUUGCUGGUAAUUGCAGAAAAGAAAAAAAGGGCAACAAGUGAGCACAUUGCUGGAAUUACUUUAUCAGAUCUGGCUAAAUACUUCGAUCUUCCAAUUACAGAAGCUUCAAGAAACCUGAAUGUUGGGUUGACAGUACUGAAAAGGAAAUGCAGAGAAUUCGGGAUUCAUCGCUGGCCACACAGGAAGAUCAAGUCCAUUGAUGGUCUAAUCCGAGAUCUUCAGGAAGAAGCAAAGCAUAGAGAGGAAGAUCACAAAGCUUUGAUGGCAGUAACAAAGAGGCAAAGGAUGUUGCAGAGUGAAAGAGAGAGCAUAGAGAUGACACCAUUCAGAGAGCUAGAGACUGAGACCAGGAGAUUUAGGCAAGAUGUUUUCAGGAGAAGACAUAAAGCUAGAGCUCUAGAAAGUCAGGGCACAUCAGUUUAG